CCCUCAAACCCUUGCCGCUCCAGCGCCUCUCAUCAGCAUUGAAGAACCGGCACAAAGUGCUGAACAAGAGUGUCGAGACGGAAACGUCCGUGCCGAUGCUACUCGACAGGUUUACAAACAGGAGCAGGAAGAGCUUACAGUGGUGUGAGGAAGAUGGUGUGCUCCAAUGAUGAAGGCUCAGAUGAGAGAGAGAUGGUAAAAGAUUUGGAAAGAGUGAGCUGAGACAGCAGAUGAUCUGACUGUGCAUGAACCAUAUAUAUGUGGAUGAUCUAUGAGGGCUCAGCAUGACGUCCAUCAGUCGACCUGGAUUUCUCAUAAGUGACAGUGACUCCAGUGAUUCAGAAGAGUUGCCUGUGUUUGAUUUCUCACAGACAAAAACCAGACAGACUGACAUGGUAGUUUUAGACCAUUCAGAAAUGUCUCAUGUCACUGGUCCAGUUUCAUCAGGGGUCCGUGCCUCUGCUGGGGCUGCUGGACGUGACGUCUUGAUGGUUAGCAGUGACAGUGAAGAAGAGGCCAUGAUUCCUUUGGCUGUUAGACUGAAACAGAAACAGUGUGGUUUGCCUCCAGCAGUCAGCCGGACUUUCAGUGCGGUGUCUAAUGGAUGCUCACGGCUCAUAGAUGUUCCAGACACAUUACCCGCACGGUACAUUAACCCAGAGGACCAGCCGGUAGUCCAUAACAAGAUCUGUAAUAACAUAAAGCAGAGCAACUCUGACUACAACGCACCAUACCUGACCAAAGAACCUCCUACGGCUGAAAAUGGCACUUACCUAGCCAAACGUAAAAAAACGCCAGCAGAGGUGGAGGCUGCCAGACAGGAAGCCCUGAAGAAAAGAGCAAUGCGAGAGCAACAGCAGGAAGAGAAAGAGAAGGUGAGGUUGGAGAAGAAGGCUCUGGCUGAUGCUGUGAAAGCCCUGAGGCCAGAAGAAUGCAUCAAACACAUGGUGGUGACGGUGGACCCAGGUCUGCUGCAGCUGGAAGGUGGCGGUGCUCUCCUGACGUCCCUGCAUGCUAUGGGCUGCAGCUGUGCCAUAGAGAAGCAAUCCCUACCUCGAAGCGUUACCUGGGCUAGACGCUCAGUCUGUCACCAGAAUGGUGAGGUGGUGUCUAUUCCAGAAUCACAUGCUGUAAUCCAGGUUCCAGUGGAUGACUUUGUGACCAUGAUUAACAACUUCUGCAAGCAAGGCGACAAUGAAAGUGGUACAUCUCUGACCACCUGGACCCGUGGGCUUAUGAGCAAGAACCCAGGCAGAACUAUCAGCAUUGUUGUGAUUGACAUAGAGAAAUAUUUUAGAUCUCUUAAUUCAAAAUGUCAGAAGAAAUACCGCGAGGCAGUGCUGGGUGAGGAGAAGGACGUGGGACCUCAGGGAGGGCAGAAAAAGAGAAGAAAGAAAGAUGAUAUCAAGCAGCUUCCUGAGGUCUCACGAGUGCAGGUGGAGGAGGCUUUGGUAGACUUGCAGCUGCAUACCGGGGUGCAGGUCCGUUUCCUCUCGACCUGGAAGGACUUCACUGAUUUUAUUACCAUGUCGACCAAGGCAGUGGCAGAGGCACCGUUCAAGCGCGAGCGAGAGAACACAGGUUUUACAUUUUGCUUGGAGAGUGAAUGGUCAGGUGGUCAUAAGGUGGACCGGGCAGGGAAAGGCUUACUGCAGGUUUGGAAGAGGCAAAUUCAACAGUUGAACCGGGUCAGCCCUGAUAUGGCCAGUGCUAUACUUAGCGCUUAUCCCUCUCCUCAGCUCCUUGCUCAGGCAUAUGCACGGCACAAAUCAGAACAUGAAAAAGCUGGCCUGCUGUCAGACGUGCUGAUUCGUCGCGGAGAGGGCAUUACAUCUACAACCCGCAGAGUUGGUCCGGAGCUUUCCAAGCGACUUUUUCUGUUGAUGACGUCAUCUGAUGCUCAGCAGCCCCUUGAUUCGGCUGUGUAGGUGUGUCUCUGUGCUUAUGUUAGGACAAUUACAGAGAAAUUUAAAAAACACACUAUAGCUUAUGUUUUUGCAUCCUUUCAUUCUUUGUUAAGGAUGUUGUUUGUGGUAUUUUUUACAGGUAGGAUGUGCCUAAAAGUGCCUGAUAUCAAUGUUUUAUUUGUACUAUACAGUACAUUGUUGUUAUUAAAUAUAUUUUCUAAAUAACAUUUAAAGCAUUUUACUUUCCCUUAUUCCCGAAUACCCUUGAUUCAAACCUUUUUGUGAUUUUCU